UUGUAUCCACUCAGACAGGGGCGGGUAGAUGAGGCACCAAAAUAAUUGGUGCGUGAUACCUCGAGUCUGUCUAUAAGACCGACCUGAAAGAGACGAAGAGGCAUCGAAGCCAUGAUGAAGACUUUGUAUGUUGCUGCUGUUGUGCUGAGUCUCACCUCAGUGUGCCAGCCUGCGUUGCUGGCCUGUGAGAAGCUGCUGAAGCCAGUGGACAAAGGUCCAGAUGUGUCUGGGAGUUGGUACAUCAUUGCCGUGGCCACAGAGAGCUGUUUGGCUACAACAUUACUGAAUUCUGUUUUUUGGCCAAGUAUUGAAGUGAUCAUUACCUCUAUGAGCACACCGAACCUCUACAGUUCCAAGUUUAAGUUUAAAAUGUAUGGAUAUUGCGAAAACAAAUUUGAAGAAUUUCUGUAUGAGAACAACAACCUGUUUGCGGUCGACAGCAACAAUGCUCCAACUGGUAAUCCAGAUGUGCUGCUGCAGAGUGGCUGUCCUGACUGCAUGGCUGUAAAGAAGGAAGACAAAAACAUCAUUAGCUCUUUCUUGCUCUUCAGUAGGAGAGAGAAUGUCACCGCUGCUGAGCUGAAGGAGUUUGAGUCCCAGGCAGAGUGUCUCGGCUGGUCCAAACCACAGGUCUUAAACUCAGAUCACGAUGAUGAAAACUGCCCGCCACUUGACGAUGUUGACAUGGAGAAUAUGAGAAUAUAUUCCAUGAUUUUUCAAAGAAUGAAGAACACGUACAGUGUGCAACUCAACUGUCUUUCAGAGACUUUUUUUUAUUACCCCAUCAUGGCCUAUGAGUGGGUUAAGCAACAGUGGGGUACUAUUUGGUGAAUGUGCAAGGGUACUGCUUUAAUAAAUAUUCACUCACACCAAUCAGA